GUAAUAUUUUAGUUCGGAAUUUGGGAUAUCUAUUGAAGGGAUUCAGAUGAAAUUAAAAUCCCCAACAAAGUUUUACUUCAGUUCGUUUGAAAAUCGAGAACAGAGCCGAUGAGCAACAGUUCACUGACGUCAUCACCGGCGAGGUCGUCGAUAUCGACGACGGCGAUAAUAGGAGCCAACGUUAUGUCUUCAUCACUAGCCGCCGAUGAGGUCCAUUUCUCAACCGAUCUCAUUACUAUCCAAGAUCGUAAAGACGAGGCUCUUCGAGCUUUGAAAUCUGAUUUGAUGGCUUCACUGAACAAGGAAGUAAGAAUGUUGGAUGAAGAUAGUUGGAUGUUUGAAGGACCUCGUUCACGUAUUCACCUUAUUUCACGCCCAGGUGGUCUUGUUACAAAGCAUGCAGAAACAAUGAAGCAUAAGCUGGCUGCUCAGAAAAGGCAUCAGAAUAAUGUAUCUUCAUUCAAGUAGAAGACUUUGUAUUCGGUGGCUGCAUAUUAUUAGCAGUAUAUUCAUUCAACUCAAGUUGCAGUUAAUUUGGUUUGGGUUUUUAACCAUUAUUUGAUAUAUAUAUAUAUACAUAAAUGUUGGCCAUUUA